GGGAAAGUGCUCACGUAAGAGUGCAGAGAUGAAUUCCACGGAGAUCCCGAUCCAAACAGAAAUGGUGGAACUGGUACCGAAUGGAAAGCACUCAGUGCUGAAUGCCUCAUCCGUCCCUUCAGUGGGAAAUGACAGAUUUGAGGAGAACCAGGCAAAUCUGACAGAGAUGGAGGAGUUCCUUCCUCAUGUUGCUGAAAAGAAACAGACCCACUUCACAGACUUUGAAGGGAAGACCUCUUUUGGGAUGUCCGUUUUCAACCUGAGCAAUGCCAUCAUGGGCAGCGGGAUCCUUGGGCUAGCGUAUGCUAUGGCCAAUACCGGCAUCCUCCUCUUUCUGUUCCUCUUGACCGCUGUAGCUCUGUUAUCCAGUUACUCCAUUCAUUUGUUGCUCAAAUCCUCAGGAAUUGUUGGAAUCCGAGCCUAUGAACAGCUGGGCUACAGGGCCUUUGGAACACCAGGAAAAUUGGCAGCUGCCGUUGCUAUAACACUACAGAAUAUUGGAGCCAUGUCAAGCUACCUGUACAUUGUGAAGUCUGAGGUCCCUCUGGUCAUCCAAACCUUCCUUAACCUGGAAGAGAAGACAACGGACUGGUACAUGAACGGCAACUACCUGGUAAUUAUGGUCUCCAUCAGCAUCAUCCUUCCUCUGGCCCUCAUGAAACAGCUUGGUUACCUUGGCUAUGCCAGUGGAUUCUCCCUUAGCUGCAUGGUCUUCUUCCUGAUUUCGGUAAUCUACAAAAAGUUCCAUAUUCCCUGUCCGCUUCCCGACCGGUUAAUCAACACCACAACCAGCCUGAACUACACACCAGUCAGUACCAGCAACUAUCAGAAUGACCACGAAACUGAGGAAGACAUCUGCUCUUCAAGCUUGUUCACACUCAACUCUCAGACAGCCUACACCAUCCCCAUCAUGGCAUUUGCUUUUGUGUGUCAUCCUGAGGUUCUGCCUAUCUACACUGAGCUGAAGGACCCCUCCAAGAAGAAGAUGCAGUGUAUUUCCAACAUUUCUAUCACUGUCAUGUAUGUCAUGUAUUUCCUGGCUGCCCUCUUCGGCUACCUCACUUUCCACAGCCAGGUGGAAUCAGAGCUGCUACACACCUACAGCCAAGUGGACCCAUUCGAUGUGCUGAUUCUAUGUGUGCGGGUGGCCGUGCUCACGGCUGUGACCCUGACAGUGCCCAUUGUUCUCUUCCCGGUGCGCCGUGCCAUUCAGCAGAUGCUGUUUCAAGACAAGGACUUCAGCUGGAUUCGGCACACUGCAAUUGCUGUAGUGCUGCUGACAUCUAUUAACUUGCUUGUCAUUUUUGCCCCGUCCAUUCUGGGCAUCUUUGGCCUGAUUGGUGCCACUUCGGCCCCCUGCCUGAUAUUCAUCUUCCCAGCAAUAUUUUACAUACGGAUAAUGCCAAAGGACAAGGAGCCCAUGAAAUCCACUCCCAAGAUUCUGGCAGCUCUCUUCGCAUGCCUUGGCGUGCUCUUCAUGAUCAUGAGCCUCAGCUUCAUCAUCACUGACUGGGCGACAGGUGGCGGGAAGAGCGGAGGCAGCCACUAGGCAAGGCGAGGCC